CCCAGAUGACUGCCAUAAAAACACAAAAGCCAGGAAGAUUAUGGUCGUUUAAGCGGUUCGGGACAUUUUGGGGGAAAGAUGUACCAGAAAACAACGAGGCGUUUUUCAAAGAGAGUUUCCGAAUGGAGAGGCCCUGCUUUGAUAUUUUAGUUAAUCGGCUUGAAGUGCUGCGAAAGAAGGACACCAACUGCCGAGCUGCAAUUCCUUUGGAAAAGCGCAUUGCCAUUGCGCUAUACACUUUGGGCUCGUCCUCUGAGUACCGAACAGUUGGCAGGCUUUUCGGUGUAGCUCCAAACAGUGUGUGUAAUAUCCUGCACGAGUUUUGCAGAGCACUUAUAGAUACAGAUUUACAUAUGUAAAUAUCGGCUCUGCAGGAAGGUGCAAUGACUCGAUGAUAUACCAGAAGUCAAGCCUUGCAAAACAUAUCGAAGCAUCGGCAUUACUCCAAGAGAAAGCCAAGGAAAUAAGCGGAGUAAACGUCCCUGUAAUGCUUAUCGGGGACUCGGCAUUUAGGUUUUCUAAAAAGCUGAUGAAACCUUACCCGUUUUCCACAGUCGCCUCUUUGGAAUAGCGCACGUUUAACUACAACCUUUCCAAAGCUAGGCGAGUGGUGGAAAAUGCAUUUGGGCAUUUAAAAGCCAGAUUUCGAAAUUUCGAUUCGGAAAAGGUCUUGAUAGCCACCACAAAAAUAAUAGCGCCAUAAUAAUGAGCUGUUGUAUUUUACACAAUAUAUUAAAUAUGUACAACAGCGCGAUUAAUGAAAAUUGGGAGCUUGCAACAAAUGAGCAGCGCGAACAGCCCGAUACCAGCAACAGUUCUGCUGACUUUAAUCAGUCAGCAGAACAGAUACGAUCUGCAAUCGCAAAAUAUUGUGUAGACCGUAAUGAAAAUUAAAAA